UUUUUUUUUCCCUUUAUAAUGACUCCAUCAUCUACAUUAUACGAAAAAGCACUCCGUUACUUUUUACUUAAAAAAUAUAAACUAGCUGCUACAACUUGUGAUAAAGCGCUUUGUGCAUUAAUCGAAAAUGAUCCGUUAGAGUUUAAUGUUUGGACACUUUAUUUGAAUAUUACAUUUACAUUGUUGUCAACAAAAUCCCGCUCAUCUCUAAAUUCUGAAAACACUAUUACAAUAACUGAAACUUGCUGCUCUAUUUGGAAGAAGCUUAUUGAUAAUAACCCGCUUCAAGUUGAUCCGAGACUUAUUUCUGCUUAUCUAAUCAUGGUUAUUAAGCUUAAUGAAUAUAAGGUUGCUAGAGAUAGUAUUGAGGAAUGGUUUGCCUCUUUACCUAAUGACGAUACAAAAGAAUAUGAGCAUAUUGUUGAACUCUAUAUCAGAUGUAUUUUACCCGCUCUUGAAGAUUACGAAUCAGCACGAGUAUUUUUAGAAUAUAAUACAGUAUUAACUAACAAAAAGAAGGAGGAAUUGUUAAAGGAUAUUGAACAAGAACAACAAAAAAACAUUUUAGAAAGACAAAAAAGAGAAGAAAACGAAGAAGAAAAGAGAAGAAAAGCAAUAGAAGAAAGAGAGAGAAAAGAAAAGGAAUUGGAAGAAGAAGAAAAAAAUAUUCAGCGGCGACAAGAAAAUAAAGACCUAAGAUCAUCAAACGAAACACCACAAAUGCCUGCAUCAUCAACAUCCUCACACAAGUCAACGAUAAAUAAAAAGACGACGACUAGUUUACUUCAGAAAUGGUUAAGUCAACAACAAACAUCCGGAGUAGUAGUUAUAAUUGUUAUAUUCAUGAUAAUAGCUUUAUUACGGGGACAAAGAACAAGACUAACUUUUGUUUUAAAGAAAAUUUGGGACACUGUCAAAAUGGGCACUAAAAUAACUUAUAUGUAAAUAAAUCCCUUUUUUAGUUUAUUUGAAUUUAUUCAGAAAAAAAUAGUCUAAUGUUAUCGACAUCAUAUUGGAUUAAUUUAGCAACAAUGCCACGGAUAAAGUGAAACUUGUUGACAUAAUUU